CAGGGCCUGUAGACCUGAGUGGAUGGACACUGCCUCUUAGAACUAGAACUUAGAACUUUAUCUUGAAAAUGUACCACUGUUGCAGAAGCUCCUCACAGAGUAUGUGUCAGGCAUUUUCAACCUGCUAAAGGCAAGAGGAAGUGUUCACCACAUAGUUCCAAAGGUCUUCAACUUGCCACAGCCAACAGAAAAAUCAAAAUGAUUGAACCCUUUGGGAAUCAGUAUAUUGUGGCCAGACCAGUGUAUUCUACAAAUGCUUUUGAGGAAAAUCAUAAAAAGAGAGACAGACAUCAUAAGGGAUUUCUGGAUCAUGCCAAAGCGUGUUGUAGCUGUUCCACACAAAAGGCCAAGAGAAUUGUCCUCUCUUUGUUCCCCAUAGCAUCUUGGUUGCCAGCAUACCGGCUUAAAGAAUGGUUGCUCAGUGAUAUUGUUUCUGGUAUCAGCACAGGGAUUGUGGCCGUACUACAAGGUUUAGCAUUUGCUCUGCUGGUCGACAUCCCCCCAGUCUAUGGGUUGUAUGCAUCCUUUUUCCCAGCCAUAAUCUACUUUUUCUUCGGCACUUCCAGACACAUAUCCGUGGGUCCGUUUCCGAUUCUGAGUAUGAUGGUGGGACUAGCAGUUUCAGGAGCAGUCACAGCUCGCAAUGAAACUACUUCGGGAUCGUCUAACAGCUGGAGUGAUAAUUCUUUAUCACCGGAUGACGAGAGGGUGAAUGCUGCGGUAGCAGUCACAGUACUUUCUGGAAUCAUCCAGUUGGCUUUUGGGAUUCUGCGGAUUGGAUUUGUAGUGAUAUACCUAUCUGAGUCCCUCAUCAGUGGCUUCACUACUGCUGCUGCUGUUCAUGUUUUGGUUUCCCAACUGAAAUUCAUUUUUCAGCUGACAGUCCCGUCACACACUGAUCCACUUUCAAUUUUCAAAGUACUAGUGUCUGUAUUCUCACAAAUAGAGAAGACUAAUAUUGCAGACAUGGUGACAGCUCUGAUUAUCCUUUUGGUUGUAUCCAUUGUUAAAGAAAUAAAUCAGCGCUUCAAAGACAAACUUCCAGUGCCUAUUCCAAUCGAAUUCAUUAUGACCGUGAUCGCAGCAGGUGUAUCCUAUGGCUUUGACUUUAAAAACAGGUUUAAUGUGACUGUGGUUGGGGACAUGAAUCCUGGAUUUCAGCCCCCUCUUACACCUAACGUGACGAUUUUCAAAGAAACCAUAGGAGAUUGCUUUGGCAUCGCAUUGGUUGCAUUUGCAGUGGCCUUUUCAGUUGCCAGCGUCUAUUCCCUCAAAUACGAUUAUCCACUUGAUGGUAAUCAGGAGUUAAUAGCCUUGGGAUUGGGUAACAUAGUCUGUGGAGUUUUCAGAGGAUUUGCUGGGAGUACUGCCCUCUCCAGAUCAGCAGUUCAGGAGAGCACAGGAGGCAAAACACAGAUUGCUGGGCUUAUUGGUGCCAUCAUCGUGCUGAUUGUCAUUCUAGCCAUUGGAUUUCUCCUGGCGCCUCUACAAAAGUCCGUCCUGGCAGCUUUAGCACUGGGAAACUUAAAGGGAAUGCUGAUGCAGUUUGCUGAAAUAUGCAGAUUGUGGCGAAAGGAUAAAUAUGAUUGUUUAAUUUGGAUCGUGACCUUCGUCUUCACCAUUGUCCUGGGACUCGGGUUAGGCCUGGCAGCUAGUGUGGCAUUUCAACUGCUAACCAUCGUGUUCAGGACCCAAUUUCCAAAAUGCAGCACGCUGGCUAAUAUUGGAAGAAGCAACAUCUAUAAGAAUAAAAAAGAUUAUUACGAUAUGUAUGAGCCAGAAGGAGUGAAAAUUUUCAGAUGUCCAUCUCCUAUCUACUUUGCAAACAUUGGUUUCUUUAGGCAGAAACUUAUCGAUGCUGUUGGCUUUAGUCCACUUCGAAUUCUACGCAAACGCAACAAAGCUUUGAGGAAAAUCCGAAAACUGCAGAAGCAAGGCUUGCUACAAGUGACACCAAAAGGAUUUAUAUGUACUGUUGACACCAUAAAAGAUUCCGAUGAAGAGCUGGACAACAAUCAGAUAGAAGUACUAGACCAGCCAAUCAAUACCACAGACCUGCCUUUCCAGAUUGACUGGAAUGAUGAUCUUCCUCUCAACAUUGAGGUCCCCAAAAUCAGCCUCCACAGCCUCAUUCUCGACUUUUCGGCAGUGUCCUUUCUUGAUGUUUCUUCAAUGAGGGGCCUUAAAUCGAUUUUGCAAGAAUUUAUCAGGAUCAAGGUAGACGUGUAUAUCGUUGGAACUGAUGAUGACUUCAUUGAGAAGCUUAACCGGUAUGAAUUUUUUGAUGGUGAAGUGAAAAACUCAAUAUUUUUCUUAACAAUCCAUGAUGCUGUUUUGCAUAUUUUGAUGAAGAAAGAUUACAGUACUUCAAAGUUUAAUCCCAGUCAGGAAAAAUAUGGAAAAAUUGAUUUUACCAUAAAUACAAAUGGAGGAUUACGUAAUCGGGUAUAUCAGGUGCCAAUUGAAACAAAAUUCUAAUCAACAUAUAAUUCAGAAGGAUCUUCAUCUGACUAUGACAUAAAAAACAACUUUAUACCCAGAAAGUUAUUGAUAAGUUCAUACAUUGUAUGAAGAGUAUUUUUGGCAGAAUAUGUUUCAAACUUUGGAACAAGAUUGUUCUAGCAUGGCAUAUUUUUCACGUAUCUAGUAUGAAAUUAUAUAAAUAUUCCUAAUUUUAUAUCUUGUAGAUUUAUCAAAGGGCGAAAAUUAUUUUGUUCAUACGUAUUUUUGUAGCACUGACAGAUUUCCAUCCUAGUCACUACCUUCAUGCAUAGGUUUAGCAGUAUAGUGGCGCCACUGUUUUGAAUCUCAUAAUUUAUACAGGUCAUACUAAUAUAUUUCCAUUAAAAAAUCAGUUGUACAGUG